AUGCGAGCGGUGCAGAGGCUCACAUCCUGCCAGCGGGCGGCCUUGUCCAACGUGCGGGCAAACGCGGCCUUGAACCACGACAAGGCGAUGCCUGAGGUGCGCGAACGCUUCACCAGGCUGGGCUAUGGGGAGCCGGAGCUGCAGGGAGUGCUGGGCUGGAUCCAGGACUUGGCGCCGAUGUGCAUCCAUAUCCACAUCGGCUCUGUGGGCCGCUUUCUUGAGACAGACGAGUUCUACAGGAGCCAGUUCGAGACCGGAACCUCCUGCGGUGCUUUGGAUGACAGGAACGAGAUCCGCAAGGACUGGGAGAAGGAGCUUUUCGGCGGGGCCUACGAUGAGGCGAAGCCCUUCGAGCGGUGUAAGUACGGGGCCCUGGGGGUGAUGAACGACUACCGGGGCAUCACCUCCGCCUACCAGUAUGGGGACUCCUACCUGGUGCUGAAGGACGUGCGCCUGCGCACCACCUUCGCAGCCACGGACUCGGGGGGCAUUCAGGGCUCCAGGCUGGCGGUGCUGGACAAGUACGCCCACGUGCUGAAGGAGUACAACGACAACGAGGUGCACCGACUGGUGGAAGUCGCAAUGGCCAACACUUCCCUGGAGGACAUGCCCCGAGUUCAGCCACGGCUGCUUCGGGGACUCACGGCAGACACCACCAACGACUGGGCUACGAUGGGCUUUCCCGACCUGCCUCAGAAGAAGGGCCGCUACUUCUUCGAGGUGGAGCUGAUCCGGGGCUGCGAAAGCCCACAGGUCGGCUUGUGCAGCAAUCACUUCGUGCUUGCGCCCCGCACCAAGGGGGACCAUCUCCGGGGCGUGGGCGACGAUGAGCACGGCUGGGCGGCCGAUGGCCAGCACUCGAUUCUCUGGCACAAAGGCAAGAAGCUGGCCUGGAACCGGACCUGGGCCUCCAAGUCGAAGCAGCUCUCGGAGAAUGUAGUGGUUGGCAUUGCUGUGGACCUGGACGCUGGCAAGAUUUGGUUUGCCAGCGAUGGGGAGUGGGAUCCGGAGGAGAAACCCAGCUUUGGGACCGACAUGCUGCCAAAAGGCACGGCCCUGUACCCGGCGCUGUCCUUCCGCGGGCGCGCGGCCUUCAUCUUCGGCCCGGACUUCAAGCACAAGGCCCCGACGUUCAAGGGCAAGCCCUUCACCCAGUGGCCGGGCAUGGCGGAUGGCACAGUGCGGGCAGAUUGCCCCAUCGUCGGGAACUCCAAUAACGUGAGCAUCUAUAAGGAGAUCCAGAUCCAUGGCGAGGUCAGCCUGAAGCGAAAUGUGCAAAGGCUGGUGGCCAACCGGAAGCACCUGGAGGUCUCCAAGAGCGAUCGAUCCUGGGCGGUCUGCGUGGAUGGCCUGCAGGAUGCGGACGGUAGCUACGCCCGGUCCGGGGCCAAGAACGGAAAUGCGGUGUACACGCAGAACGGGGGCUCCCACAAGCUUUACUUCGACAAGGACGCUGAGAAGUGGCGGCUGAGCAAAGAUGAGGCAGACCCGGAGGCAUGGCUGGCCGAGGCGCCGGCCGCUGCGGCGUCCUUCGAGCCCCCGCGGCACGGGUGGACGGUGCCCAUCAACAAGCGAGGCCGAGCGCCGGUCUCGCUGCUGAAAUCCGUCUUGGAUGGCUUCAAGGUGGGUGCGGAUGUGCAGGAUCACAUCAUCAAGAUCUUGGGGCGGCAGCUCAAGGGCAGCCCGGAGCUCGAGGUCUUCCGAGUCGGUGACAACACCACCUUCGAAGACGAGUGGAACAGGCUUCAGCGCGAGAACAAGGUCAAGGUCCCCGCGGAGGAUGUUUGGAUCGAGUGCGUCAAGAAGAAGCACGAGGAGAUUAUGGCAGGAAAGUCGAUGAAGGGCGCCACGGUCGUGGAGUCUCAGCACCCCUACCCCGCCAAGAGCCACACCUGGACGCAGGACGUGCAUUUGGCGAAGGCCCAGAAGCUGCGGGUGAGCUUCGCCGAGCAAUGCAGCACCUACGACGACUGUGCCACCUUUCAGGUCUUCUCAGGCGGCCUCAGCAAGAGCACCGCUGGGGUGGGCGCCCGGGCACACCUCAAGGCCAUCAGCGGCCCGGACCAGGUCCACGGGACCAUGAUCGGACAGGUGGAGGGCGAGAAAUGGAUCGUGAACAUCGACAAGGACGAAUCCGAGAUCUGUGGCUGCUUCAGAGAGUGGCUGGACGCACAGCCAGGCAGAAGCUGCACGGCCACCUGCGCGCAAGAUCCCACAGUGGUGUCGGUCAGGUACACGCCGAAGGCAAAGGUGGGGAGUGAGAUCGCCGGAUUCACCUUCCAUGAGGGCAGCCCGCUGCACCCUUUCAGCAUCAGCGGCUUUACGGCGCCCGGGGGCCCGGCGCAGCUGAAGGGCGUCUUCGCCGGAUGGUACCUGGACGUCAUCGCCCUGCUGAAGAAUGCGAAGUUCAAGAACCUCUCGGGGGAGGGCCUCGGCACAUGCCCAAAGAACCUGCAGGAGAUCGCUGAGAACCUGGAUGCCUUCAAGAAGCGUUUGGAGGCGGCGCUGGACCUUGACGGUGUGAAUUUCGUGUUCUACAACGGCCUGGAUUUCCAGCUGCUGCCCAUCUGCGCGGUGCAGUACAAGGGCAUCAAGGUCAGCGAGGAGAUUGCAGCCUUCAACGCCAACGGUGGCGUCCUGUCGAUUGCCAGCUUCAAGCAGGAUGGCCCGGCGCAGGGCGCCGGCGUGCGCGCCGGCUGGCAUCUGAGCUUGACCGAGACCUUCGAGCGGGCGGAGAACAAGACGGCGCUGGGGGAACUCACUGCCGCGCAGGUGCUGGAGGAUCCCGAGCAGCUGCUGCAGCUGCAAGACCUCACUCUCAUGAUGGAGCCGGCGAAUGCUGCGCCGGAAGAGCUCUUCAACGGCUUCGGGACAGACGGGUGGGACAACUUCACCGUUCACAACAACACCGCCCAGUUCGUGUUCAAGUCCGAUGGCGAUGGCGGCGACUCCUCGGAGGGCCGCUGGGGCGUCUUCGCAGUGGUCACGGACGCCAAGGACCCGGAGCCCCAGGCGGCGGUGCUGGAGGAGCUGGCGAAGCUCAUCCCGCAGGCCACGGCGCAGAUUUUGGGCACCACCUCCUCCCAGGUCUCCGUAGAGCCGGAGGACUGGGACGAAGCUCGGCUCCGGGCUCUUUGUGAUCGACACGGCUGGGAGUUUGAGUGGAUGACCGAGGACGGCGAGCGCCAGCGCCGCAUCGAGGGCGCCUCGCGCGCCAGGCAAGCGGCGGCCGAGUCGGCUGGUACAGCUCAGGCGGAGUCUCGCACCGCCUGGUGGCGCCUGGACAGCAUGAGCCGCGCCUUCAACGGAGGCGAUUCCCGGCAGCUGAAGAGGAAGAUCCAAGCGCCCCAGCCCAUCAGGACCAAGAGCUAA